AUGCGCGGACUUCGACGGGAUAUGUACAAUGUUUCUCAAAUGGGUGUGCGCUCUCUCAGACAGUGGAGGGACUUUGAACGGAAGGAUAUGGUCAGUCCUCUUGCAAGGAGAGAACUCGAUGCGGCACUUAGAGGGGUGCUGAAAGAGGAAAAGAUACAGAUGUCGGAGGGAUUUUACGAUUCUUUGUACAAUGCGAGGUGGCAUCACGUGGUGGAAUUUCCUGACGGCGGGGGGAUGGGAAUGGAAGUGAGGGAGGGCAAACCACCGCAGUCAUGGACGUACAGGGCGGUUAGCGGCAUUCUCGAAAAGGAUGACAGCGUGGAGCAAUUCAGCCCACCACGUCUCAGGCUUAUGGUGCUCACCUCGGACAAGGGAUGGCCGUACUCGUGGCCGUUGGGGCCGUCCAUUCGUGACUGCUAUGUGAACUGUGAGGUGGAGCGAGUGUGGCAGAUCGUCAAGGGCGAUCUAACCGAAUGGUUCAGCACUCACCAUGGUGAGAGCGACUUUACGCCUGAGGAGCGUCUCUUGAUUGGGACGCCCGGGAUCGGGAAAUCGAUGAAUGCCGGCUCGUACCUUCUCUACCAGCUGCUGCACUACGAUGCGGAGAAACUCCAAGUGGUUGUCCACUGUUUUGGAGAAACGGCGUACGUGUUUGACAAGAGCAGCAGGACGGUGACAAAAUACGUGGGUAAUAAAACAUCAAGCAGCGUUAUCUCGAGUUUGUGGCAGAGUGGGAUGAAGGGGUACAUUAUUUACGAUGUGGCAAAGAAAGGAACGCCACCACUGAGACAUUUUGCGCCCUCCACCGGAUGGGGCAUGAUUGUGGUGUCAUCCCCAGAGGUAAGCAACUAUGAUGAAUGGGAGAAUCAACUACAAGCCAGUCGAAUCAUCAUGAAUUGCCCCGACGAGAUGGAUGUGAAGGCGAUGUGUGCAUGGAUAACGCGUGAUGGGACUAAAGAGAAACAAGCGGGAUUCUGGAGGAUGGUUGAAGAACGCAUGGAAAAUGUGGGGCCGAUUCCACGUCACAUCUUCGAUGCGAGUGAAUAUGAAAAACGCACGAAGGAUGCUAUGAGGGCUUUGGAAUGGACCAAUCUUGGGGAUCAAGGAAAGUACUUUACACAGGGAGGAGAAGAGAAAAAAUGGUAUUCCGAGGAUCCGUCUCACAAACCUGUGAAGAUUGUUCGCGUAAGAGAACAUGGCCCAUUAGAGGACUUCAGUAAUGCACCUAUAUGUGAGUAUCUUGGGGUUUUAACGUUAUCUCGUUUGACAAAGGUGCUGAGUGCGAAUGAUAUCCUUUUCCUCGUAUUGGGGAUGAAGAAUGCUCUUCAAUCUGAAGCCUUGGAAAGGUAUUUCUUGAGCGUAUUCUUGCGUGUGGAGUUUGUCACUUCCAUGGUGAAGGAUCUCAAGGAGCUGCAGCCACCAUCGCCUUCCAAACCACGGUCCUCGGUGCUGAAGUUAAACCCUCAUGGUUACCCCACCGAGGCAGCUGCAAUAACUGAACUGAGGUUUAUUGAUAGCCCGGAAAAAUUAAGGUAUCGGGUGCUGCACAUACCGACGAUCCCAACCUUUCCGCUGGUGGACGGCUUUUUCUUCUUGAAGUCACCGCGGAGGACACUGGUUGGGCUGCAGAUGACGACGGCGAGUGCGCACCACACCACAACCAGCACUGUGAAUCAGUUCAAUGAGUGCCUGGCGGCAUUUUUUGAUGGUUGGGAGGAAUUUUCUCAGGGUUUGUCGUGGGAUAUUAUUUAUAUACAACACGCAGACAGCACGCCGAUGAAAAAAUGGCAGAGAUGUGAUUACGUCAAUCCCAGGAAUAAAACCGACGCUGAAAAAGAGAUUGUGGCGUUCUGGAACAGAAAGGUACACCAAUACCGGGUUAUUUUAAACGGUAAAUUUCCUGAGGCAAUCAAAUUCUCUUAUGAUGGUCUACCUAAGGGGGAUAAAAAAGGCAAGAAAAUAAAAAAAAAAGUAGUAACAAAGUGCAUUUUGCUUAUAGUGAAAUAUAUUGGGAGGUAUUUUAACGAUUUUUAUAUGUGUGUGCCUACGGGGUCUAGACAGUGA